AUGUCUGGCGCAUUCACCAUGCCCCACGCCCUGACCGGCGGGGCGGGCUACAAGGCCAACGCGACGUACGACGAGUUCCUCCGCCGACACAGCGGCUUCUACCGCCGUCACAGCGCGGCCUCGAACGCCAUGGAGGGCGACCGCCGGGCGUCCCAGGCCUCGCUCGACGCCAACGCCUCGGCCGCGGCGCAGGCCGUGCAAAACGUCGCCGCCGACAACAGCCUGAACAACCGCCGCGGGUCCGUCACCGCCGCCGGGGGUGGCGCGGCCACGGCCAACGCGAGGAAGGGCAGCGUCGCCGUCGCCAGCGACGUCACGAGGAAAGACAGCAUCUUUGGCCUCGAGCCCACGGGCGGGCCGAGGAUGUCGGAAGAACGGCGCCCUUCGACGUCCCUGGCCAGCGACCUGCUCCACAAGAUCAAGGGGGACCGCAAGACUAGUCAUUGACGGAUCUGAUCGGCCGUUUACGGAGUAAACGGACAAACAACGUGGGAAAUGUCUUCCCGAGGAACGAUGAGAGGGUAGUACUUGGUGUGUCUGUGGUGUUUUCUUUUGUUGGAGAAAUGGUCGUUCCAGUACCGUCAUUUACCUGUACCAAAGCACUCCGUAUGGGUGGGUGUUUGAGUGGUUGUUGCCUCAAUAGCCAGCCGUACCCCUCCGUAUGAUACUGAGAGGUAACUGAUCUGUACCCUGGUAAUACAUUUUGAAUUCGAUCCGUCUCUCUCUCUCUCUCUCU